CAGCCUCCAUGCGGACGGAGUGUUUAAGAGCGAAACGUUGCCAAAGGUGCUGCACUCGUGCGCUCGUAUGACAGGUAACAAUGCUGCGUGGCCCGGAAAGAAAAUAAAGUCAGCAAAAUAAAUUAACUCAACGACUUAAUUCAAAGUACUGAAACAAAUGGAUGAAAUCGGAGUUUUUCCAACAAUAACAAAAAAUACUGCUUUAAAGUAGUUGAAAUCAAAGAAAAAGCCGAUAAAAAGUGUCGACAAAUAAAGUAAGAAACGCACACAUAGAAUCAUGGCAUGCUUUCCCCGCAAGUUGCGCAUAUUCAAUCGCACGACAGCCAGCUUUACGCCAGCGGAAGAUGAAAAUACAGACACCUUGCUGAACAAUGCCGCAAAUCCAGUGCAAAUUGGUCGUUAUAUAAGACGUGAAGAGACUGCGCUUUUUACGCCAAAAUCCAGUGAGCAACUACGAAAAUCACAGGAGCAAAUCAUUGACAACCGAAACAAUCGCACCAACAACAACAACAAUGUUGGCAGUAACAACGGCCAUGACAACAACGUCACAAAGAGCAACAACAUAAAUGGCAACAGCGCAAAUGGCAGUUUGAUAAACAACGAGAGCAGCAAUGUCAACAGUUUGCCGCCUAAAAAAUUCAUUUCCAACAAAGCACACAAUCUCAACCGCAACAAUAGCGCCAACAAAAGCAACAACAACAACAAAGAUGGUGUAGGCAACUCGCUACUGAAACCAGUGAAAGGACGACGACCCACGGCACUGCCGAGUGAUGCACCAAACUUAGAGGAAGAAGAAGAGUAUGAUGAUGUCGACGGGGUUGAGAAGGAGAGAGCGGCAGCAGAGCUCGAUAGAAUAGUGGAAGAGAAGACUGGUGCACUUAAUGUCAACAUAAAGCAGGCUAAUGGCAAUCGGAGCAACAGCAGUGACCAGGAUACACCCACCACGCCGGGCUCGACGCUGGCGGUGCGCUUCUUUAUUGGCCAGCAUGCGCACGACGAGGAUGCUGCGUCCGCGCAGUCUUUAGACGCCGGCAGUUAUCGCAGUACAGAAGCGGUAACAGUGCAAAGCAGUGAGCAGCAACAAAAGCAAACAAAGAAACUGCAUUUGCAAACUGCUGAUGCUAUAGACGGCAACAACACCACCGGCACCUUCACCACCCUAAUGCAACUGUCAGCACCCAACAGCCAAGAGUGGAGCACACAAAGUAACUCCAGUCGCCUCGCUAGCGCCUGUUCCUCCCCCACGCUCUACGGACCGCAGGCGACGACACGCAAAUCGAAAUCAAAAAGUUGGCGCAAAGCACGAGGCAACUCACCACCUGCGGAAGACCUGCACAUACCACCGCCGCCACCCUUGCCACCGCAGCCGCUCACUACCGCCUCGUCGUCCGCUUCUUUGCUUUCAUUGCGCAGCAACAAAAUCAAGCGCAACUCUGCGGUCGCCACGCCCACCACAGCGACGCCGCAUAUCGAAGAGGGUGGCAUCAGCGCCAACGCGGAGUUUGCCAGGCCGCCCAGCUACGAUGUGCGGUACGAUGGUACAGGCUCGUUGACGACGGCAGCAACAACAGCGGCGAGUGAUGCAACAAAUGACAAAGAUCAAAUGCCAACACCAAAGGAAAGUGAUAACAGCGACACACCACAGGUCCAUCGCGUCGAAGGCGGUCUGAUAUUCACGCGUCCUAAUUUACCCGCCAAGAAGGACGUGCACAUCGAGUUCAUUGAAAAGGAUAAUGAAACACGCAAUCUCAUACGCAAGGCCAUCGAACGCAAUGACUUCCUCAACAACUAUAUGGACAAGGAGCGCAAGGAGAUGGUCAUCGAUGCGAUGGCGCCAACAUUCUACAAAAAAGACUCUUAUAUUAUACACGAAAAUGAUGAGGGUUCGGAAAUUUAUGUCUCCGAAACGGGUUACUUUGAUGUGAUCAAGGGUGGCAAGGUGGUGGGUAGUUUUGGGCCGACAACACUUUUCGGUGAAUUGGCCAUACUUUAUAAUGCUAAUCGUUUGGCAUCGGUUCGAGCGACGACAAAUGCGCGCGUGUGGAAAAUCACACGUGAGACAUUCCGUCAGAUUAUGGUGCUCUCCGAGUCAAAGGAAAGAGAUGAGAAUUUAACAUUUUUACGUGCGGCGCCAUUUCUUAACGAUCUGUCUGAUGAUGUGCUCAACAAAGUAGUGGAUCUGCUGCAGCGAAAAUACUACGAACCCAAUGCUUGCAUUGUGCGCGAGGGCGAAGUGGGAAAUGAGUUUUUCAUUAUACGUGGCGGUACAGUGACCAUCAAAAAGAAAAAUGAGCAUAAUGUGGAACGUGUGGUGGAUCGACGGAAGCGUGGUGAUUAUUUCGGUGAACAAGCGCUGCUUAACGCGGACCGACGACAAGCCAGCGUAUAUGCCGAUGCGCCAGGCACUGAAGUGCUCAAAUUAGACAGAGAAGCUUUCAUCAGUUAUCUCGGCACCAUACCGCAGCUGCGCGAGAAGCCCGAAGAACGUAAAUCAGCUGAACGCAAGCAAAGCACGCGACAAUCCGAAUUUGACAACGAGUAUGCACAUGUACAGCUAACUGAUCUGAAAAAAGUAGCAACAUUGGGUGCUGGUGCUUUCGGCUGUGUGGAUUUGGUGUCGUACAAUGAUAAAACCUUUGCAUUGAAAAUCAUCAAAAAAAUCGACGUCAUCAAACAGGAUCAGGUAGAGCAUGUGUACAGUGAAAAACAUGUAAUGAUGAAGUGUCGUAGCUCACCGUUCAUAAUAGAGUUAUAUAAGACUUUCCGCAAUGAAAAAUUCGUUUACUUCCUAAUGGAAGCUUGCAUGGGUGGCGAUGUUUGGACGGUUAUGUCGCAGCGCCGCUUCUUCGAUGAGCGCACCGCCAAAUUCCUCGCCGGCUGUGUAGUAGAAGCUUUCGACUUUCUGCACUCACACAAUAUUAUUUAUAGGGACUUGAAGCCGGAGAAUUUAAUGUUAACGACGGAUGGGUAUUGUAAGUUGGUCGAUUUUGGCUUCGCCAAGCACAUACCGCCCAAUCAAAAAACGAACACCUUUGCCGGCACACCCGAGUACGUCGCGCCUGAGAUCAUUUUGGAUCGGGGACAUGAUCGCGCCGUGGACUACUGGGCGCUGGGCAUACUGAUAUUCGAAUUGCUUGUGGGUAAAACACCAUUUCGUGGACAAAAUCAAAUAAAAAUUUACCAGCAGAUAUUGGGCGGCAUUGACGUUAUACAAAUGCCCUCGAAAAUACCGCGUUCAGCUCAGGGUCUCAUCAAACAUUUAUGUAAACAAUUGCCGGCAGAGCGGCUGGGUUAUCAGCGACGCGGCAUUUUAGAUAUUAAGCGGCAUAGUUGGUUUGACAAUUUGGACUGGAAUAAGUUGAAAUAUAAGCAACUGCCGUCACCGAUAAAGCGACCCAUAACAUGCAACACUGAUUUGCAGUACUUUGGACCAGCUGGUGUGGAAAAUGACUACGAUCCGCCUGAUGAAACGAGUGGUUGGGAUAUUGAUUUUUAAAGUCGCAAGCAAUCAUAAUAUUUUUACUAAAAAGCAAUUUAUAUAUUACGCAAUUACAGUUAGAACUAAAUUAUGUAAAAAUUUUUUUAGAAGCGAACUUUUAUUAUAUUAAUAAUUAAUUAUAUUAUAUAUAUUAGAAUGUAAGCGACUUUUUUGGCAAAACUUCUUUAUAUUUUUGUGCAUAUUUUCGCAGAACCAUAAAAUCUAUGCCAAAUUAGUUAGAUAGUUUAUGAAAAUUGAGAUAAAAACAUUUAAUUAUUUUAUUAUAGUUUAAGCGGAUAAAAAAAAUACUUGCCCAGUACAGAAAAUUGUCGAUUACACCGUAGAAAUAACGAUAGUUUAUUGCAAAUAAAAUUGAUAUUAGAAAAUCUUAUAUACCAAA